CUGUCCAUCUGCAUCUGCUCAGCAGCCAAUCCACUUAAUGCAGUUUCCCUCGCUGCRCGCCUCGUUUGAGCCACCUCCCCGAGCCCAUCUCUCUUUCCCGCCCUCCCGCGCUGCACAGCGGCUGACUCUCCACAGUGCAGCAUCCAUUCCACAGCAGCUUCCCUCCAAGGUUGGGAGGGGGGGAGAAGGCAUGCCGGUGUGAGGUGCGAGCGCUAACUUAGGGAUGAGACCCUAAAGCUGGACUACAGCAGCAGGAUCUCUGCCCCUUUGCCAUGGAGGUGAACUGCAGGAGCUUUAUAAAGMGAUAAAGAGUUGCAAACAUACAGAGUUUGGUGGCUGCAGCGUGUAUGAAGAGGAUAUUUCAAGCUCUUUGGGAGCGAAAGAGGACUGUUUGGAUGACUUGAAACCCCUCAAGAAGCUUCAUCCCUUGGGGCUGCAGAUGCACAGACAAGCCUCAGUUUUUUUAUAUACAGUAUUUUAAACCAGUGGGAUUUUUUGGCUUUUUGAUGAAGUAAACUGAAUCUUCAAGAGGAUAAAAUUAAGUUCGUGAGCUUUUUCAGUGAAUUUUCAGCAGAUGAGCUCAACUUAAUUUGUAUUUUUUUUAACCUUGCAGCAUGUUUCUUUUUUGGAUUUAGCUGCAAUUUUUUUUUGCUGAAUUUCUUUUCUAUUUGAGUGCCCUAAACUUCAUUGUUUWAGUAAAGGACAAAAAGCUUUUAUGAUUGGAUCUGUCUUGACUUAAAGCCUCCUUCCCUAGUGACAUGUUGCUGUUGCUAAGCUGAUAUUUCUGUCUUUUUGCACCAAAGUAAAACAGAAUAUUUUUGUUUGAACCAGCUUCCAGAAGAACUCUCCACUUGCAGCAAAGGGAGUUGCAUCAGUCGUCAACCUCUUUUCUCUCUUACUUAUUUCUAUUUUUUUCCUUCAUUUCUUGUCGAACGAGGGGAAACUUCCCUCUCUGGCACCCUCCCUCCUGUAGAAAUGGCUUUCCUGGUCCGUUGCUAUGCCAACUGCUUGCAGCCGUGGUCCUCCAAA